AGCACUAGUGUCAGCCAUCUUGGUCGACACCCACCCAGUGCAUUCACUGCGGUGCACAGGCAAUCCAAUCCGAGUGAACCGGUGCUAAGCUGACCAGAGGAGGGCUGUGAUUUUCAGCACGGUGCUCUCUUGCAUUUUAACUCCCCAGUCUGCACAAAAGGGAUAACAAGAGGUUGAAGAGGAGGGGGAGGUGGAGGAGGAGAAGGCAGGGCAGCCUUUCUCAAGACAGUAGCAUAUUCCACUCAGUUGUGACAAGGAAGGGAAGGAGGAUGCAAGCAUAAAGAGGAGGAAACGCAGCACCCUUUCAAACACCUGCUGAGAGCUGCUGUGGGCCUUCCCACGUCUUUUGCCUUUUAUCCUCUUUGUUUUGAUGCUCUUUUCAUCCUCUCUGAUUUCCUCUUCUCUCUGACCUGUUAUUUUUUUUUUUUUGGGGGGGGGGGCUUCACUGUUAUUUUGGAACAAAAGCUACUUUGCUUUUUUUUUCUCCUCGGUGGUGUUGGUUUUGCAUCGCAUCAGCUGAGUCAUCAUGUCUGAUCUGACGCCUCAGAGCGAAACCCCCACUCCCACCACCGACAAGAUCACCCAGGCCGCCCGGGAGACUAUUUAUCUCUGCAACUUUCGCGUGUCUGUCGAUGGCGAGUGGCUUUGCCUUCGCGAGCUCAACGACAUCUCCCUCACGCCAGACCCAGAGCCGGCCCAUGAAGAUCCCAAGGAUCCCAUUGCAAUCGAAAGGCUUAACUUGAUGAACAUGGCCAAACUGAGCAUCAAGGGCCUGAUCGAGUCUGCUCUCAACCUCGGGCGCACACUUGACUCUGACUAUGCACCUCUCCAGCAGUUCUUUGUCGUGAUGGAGCACUGUCUGAAACAUGGGUUGAAAACCAAGAAGACCUUCCUGGGGCAGAACAAGUCAUUCUGGGGGGCGUUGGAGCUGGUGGAGAAGUUGACACCUGAAGCAGGAGAGAUCACUGCCAGUGUAAAAGACCUGCCUGGCCUCAAAACUCCCCUAGGAAGAGGGCGUGCCUGGUUGCGACUGGCCUUGAUGCAGAAGAAACUCUCCGACUACAUGAAGACCAUCAUCAACAGAAAGGACCUGCUCAGCGAAUUCUAUGAGCCGAAUGCACUGAUGAUGGAGGAGGAGGGAGCCGUCAUCGCCGGGCUGCUCGUCGGACUAAAUGUCAUUGAUGCCAAUCUGUGUAUGAAGGGAGAGGACUUGGACUCUCAGGUCGGGGUGAUUGAUUUUUCAAUGUACCUCAAAGAUGGUGGACACAGUAGUAAGAGUGCAGAGGGUGACGGUCAGAUCACAGCGAUUCUCGAUCAGAAGAACUAUGUGGAGGAGCUCAACAGACAUUUAAGUGCAUCAGUAAACAACCUCCAGGCCAAGGUGGACGCUCUGGAAAAGUCCAACACUAAGCUAACAGAAGAGCUCGCAGUGGCGAAUAACAGGAUCAUCACUUUACAAGAAGAUGUGGAGAGAGUAAAGGAGGAGAGCUCAUAUCAGCUGGAGUCCAGGAAGCCAUCAAGAAGCGACUCAGCAGCAAACGGACAAGCACUGGGUGAAACACGCAAGCAGCUCAAAGAGGAAACUUUGCUGCGAUUGGAUGUGGAGAAGGAGUUGGAGGUGCAGAUUGGAAUGAAGCAGGAGAUGGAGCUGUCCAUGAAGAUGCUGGAGAAAGACAUCUGUGAGAAGCAGGACGCUCUGGUGGAGCUCCGACAGCAGCUGGAAGACCUCCGUGUCAUCAACCAACAGCUUAGCCACAAGUCACAGAGUGCAGACGCCGGCUCUAAACAGAAGAGUGAAGCCAUCGCUCGCCUGGAGGAGAAAAUCAACCAGAUGACGGGGACUGUAAAACAGAUGGAGACCAGAUGCAAACAGGCUGAGGGACAGAGGGAUUUGGCUUUGGAGGCCAACCGACUCUUCAAACAGGAGUUUGGGGACAAAAUCGAGAGUCUGCAGGUGGAGGUAGAGCAGCUGAGGAAACACAGGUCUAAUCUGGAGCUGGAGCUGAGAAAAGAGCGAGAGCGAAGGAGUGAGCAUCAUCUCGACGCUGCGUCCGUGCACUCCAGUACUCUUCGGAAGGAGAGGAGACUCCCUCAGAACAUACCAAAACGUCCCCCAGAAUCCCCAUCAGUCAAAAGGGAGACUGACCAGUUACACACAGCAGCGGAGGACCAAACAAGUCUGAGCUCCAGCUUGUCCUCGCAGUCACACCAUGAGGACGAACAGGACGAGUCCUCCAUGGAGAUCAGUCAGCCUUCCAUCUGUACGAUGUGUGAGCAGGACGACUCCCUCAUGAAGACAAAGAAACAGUGUAAGAACUGCAACGGCAUUUUCUGUGAGAGCUGUGUGUCCAACAAGCUGCCAUUACCUUCCUCUAUUCUCCCAGAGACUGUGUGUACCGCCUGCUUCUCUCAAUUACUCCAACAAUACGCUGCGACACCAACAUGAAACAACUCUGCAUUUUACUACAAGACAUGACGAUCAGACACCUGGAAACCAGAGGCAUUCAUUUGUAAAACUGGCACUGCAAAAAUGCACUUUUUGACUUUGUGACUCAAGACAUUAUGAAAGGUCUGAUUGAGUCAGAUUCAGAUCAGAUUAAGUUAGCAGUGUCCAAACAUGUGCCACUAAGAGCUGAUUGAAUUCAGGUUUUCAUUUUUCAAAUACUGGUUUGGCUAUAAUUCUUCCUUUCUGGUUGAAAGUGUGUGUUGAGCUGCUGUGGUAUUUCUGAAAACCUGCACUCAAAAAGCUGUAAAAUGGCACCUGGAUGGAGAUUACUGAUAUAAAAAGACCACUUUAAUCAUCUCAUGCAUUAAAAAAAACGGACUUUCCGCAAUGUCCACUAAGUGGAUUAUUGAUUAAAAGGCCACAUGACGAUAUAUAUUUUAUAUAAUUUAGUUUUAACAGAUGGGGAAAAGGAAAAACUGGACUUGUUUUUUGUUUGUGUAAGCCACAACUGUGCUCCAUUACAACACAGCUGUUAAUCAUAUACAGAUCAGUAUGUGAUGUAUCAUUUUACUUAGAUGAAGCAUGAAUUUUAUGAUUCAGGCUGAUGCUGACAAAAUCAAAUAUCCCAAACACUUUUGACCAAAUACUAUAUUAUACUAUAUUAUGUGUCAAUAUUUUGGGAGUGUGCCGUCAAAAGCUUUUUAUACACGUAUCAUACAUUAGUAAUAAACUCAGUCUAAUGAGUUAAAACAAAAGAUCAGAAAAAUACUAAUAUUUAAGUUCUAUGACAAUGUUAUGAUAACCAGAAUCCUAGACUGCUAGACUACAUCUAGUCUCUUGUCAUGAUAUCAAUAUUUGAUGGACAUAUCAUCCGGCUUUGGUGUUGAGACUGUAGAAGAGAGUUGAUUUUGCUGUUCGACAUUUUGGGCAGUGCGCUUAUUCUGUCUUGCGGAAAGUUAGAUGAGACGAUUGAUACCACUCUCAAGUCCGUCCGUUUAGUGUCAAGCUACAGCCAGCAACUGUUUAGCUUAGCUUAGCACAAAGACUGGAAACGAGAGGAACUUAUUCGCUCGUUAACAUGUCAAAUCUGGUUUAAUCUGUACAAAAACUGACAGUGUACUAUUUCUUGGGUUAAUUAUUGAGCUUUAGAGGUGCUGCUAGGUCAAUUGUUUUACCUUUCGACUAAGCCAGACAGUCUUUAUGCUAAGCUAAGCUAACUGGCUGCAGCUUCACAUUUAUCGUACAGACAUAUAGAGUGGUAUCGCGCUCAGCAAAAUAAAUAAACGCAAAUAAGUGUAUGUCCCAAAAUGUCAGAUUAUUCCUUAAGUUUACAAAGCUGAAUAUUCUCUAUGAAAUAAUUCUUUACUGUUGCUGUUGUGUUCUAUAUAAGUUAGAAGUGGCAUUAACAAUAAUGGCUAAAAAAAAUCAUCUCCUGUUGACAAGGAAUAUUUUGUCAAAUCAGAGUCUAUUUGAUCUCAAACAGUGCAGCUGUUAAAAUCACAAAACCUAGCUUUUAUAGAUAUUUAGAUUCUAGUCUUUUCUCUGGAUAAUCAAACUUUUUUCCGAACGUCUUAAAAUAUUACUGCACUUUUAGAAUGCAUGGCUCUGACUGGUUUGAAGAGGGCAUAUCGGCUGUUUUUAUGUUUUGUUGAUUUAUAUGAAGAAUAAUUAGAAGCUCAGUAAAACCAGUUUAGUCGUUCUUGUUGAAACUAACACGUGAGAUGGAAAUGCUUCUUAGAUCAACAAUAAACUUUUUAUUAAUUUUA